GUUUUGUUGUUGUCUCUUCCAAAAAAGCUGCUCUCAGAAUCCGAGCCAAACUCCAAGUCAAUGCACGCGGACGAAUUUGCUGCGUUGGUGCUGCAGCGCGACCCAGCGACCGAUCAAGCAGCCUUGUCUGCGUUCCUAGCACGGCCGGGUGUGAUGCAAGUCUUCCGCGACGACGCGCUUGCAUUGUCGGAUGCAAUUCUGAGCGAAGCAAUCGAGGCGAAAUUGCACCCGGUGGUCAUUCUGCAAUUGCUCGAUUCUGGCGCGUUUGCCAGCCAUCGCAUCUUCCGCUUGGCUAUGGAGAGCAUCUUGCAGUCGAAUCACCCCGGAGCUGCGGAUCCGGCCUGGGACGUCGCGGCCGAGCAGGUGGCCGUCCGAUUGCUCAACGCCGAGACGGUCAGGCCGACCGACGACGACAAGACCUGGGCGUUCCGAAGGGCCGUCAACGCGUCGAAUGCACGCAUUGCUCACUUGUUGAACUUUAGCUGGGGCGCCUCGCUGGGCUGCACGUCGCUUGGCUGGGCAGCCAGAUUUGACAAUCUGAGCUUUGGUCGGGAAAUUCUGCAAACAAACGCGCAACUGUUGGCCAACGCCAGCCAUCCCGACUCGAGCAGCAACAGUAACAGCAAAAACCACCCAUCUAUUGUUGAUAUCAAUGCGGUAGACGCGACGGGAAGGACGGCCCUCGCGCUCGCCACAUCGUUCUCGUUCACCAAGCUGCUGCUCGACGCGGGGGCCAACCCUCAUCUUGGAUUUUCGCCGCUUGUGACCAAGCUACACUCACCGCCUGCCACGGCGCUCUUGCUGGAGGCCGGGGUCUCGCCCAAUAUGCCCGUCGCUCGCAAAGCGGAUGCUGCUGCCUACCCAAUUUCCUUGGCACUGCGAAUGAGAAAUCCCGAGAGCUUGGAGCUGCUAUUGCGUGCAGGCGCCAAUCCCGCUUGCGUCGUGUAUCCCUCGGCCUUAUUGAAGGCACUCGCUCUCUUUCACGAUGACCUGACGCCCAUUCGACUGCUUCUCGAAGCCAACGCCCCGGUCGAUUACAAUGUCAUCCUGGCGGCCAUGCGUCGCCAAAAGUACGACGUUUUGGAGCUGCUGUGUGCCAAAGCCAACAUGCGCGAGUUAGAGGCGCUGGGCGACGGCAACUCGCCGCUCCUUGUCGCGGUACGCUGGAACGACAUGAAGGCCGUUCGGAUUCUCUUGCGGCAUGGAGCGUCUCCGGAUUCCAGAGUGCUAGACCCGAACAUGGAAUGGAUGGACUCGGCGUGGGCAGUGCCAGAGCUACAGGACGUAGAAACACCAAUGACGGCAAUGCUUGCAGGCGCUGCCCUGUGGUUGCCGCCGAGCGCUCUGAGCCGACUUGCAAACGCCCGACUACCGGACGGCCGCGUGCCACUCAUGCACGCUUCGGCUGACAGCAUUGAUGACCUGCUGCUCGAAGGUGCGGACGUUAGUGCGGUUGACGAUGCUGGCUGGUCUGUGCUGAUGCACCAGGUGUCAAACGAGGCAACGACCGACGCGCUGCGUCCGCUUCUGCGACGUGACGCCAAUGUCAAUCAUGCGACGCCCAGCGGCAUGACAGCCUUGAUGGUGGCAGCCAUUCGGAGCAGAGACGAUCUGCUGCGAUUUCUGAUCGACGCGGGCGCGAAUGUUGCCGCGCGCAACGCGCAUGGCUGGACUGCGUUGCAUCUUUGCGGAGGCAAUCGCGAGCCGUUCACAGGCCGGUCGAGCGUCGACUGCAUCAUCACGCUGCUCAAGGCCGGCGCCAAUGUGAACGCGACCACCGUGGACGGCGUUACUCCCUUGAUGAUGCAAGUCCGGCUUGCGGAUGUCGAGGCCGUGCACGCGCUCAUGUGGUCGGAUGCCGACAUCACACUGCGCGACUCGUACGGCCGCACUGCCUACAACUAUGCCUGGCCCGAGACGCGCGAUGCCUUCAACACUCUCCGCCCGCUGUCUGCCAACCGCCCGAGCUGAUAUACUGUCAGCAGCGAGCGAGAUCAAACCAAGAGGACAUUGGUUGUGAUUGUGCUGUUCUGUACUGUACUGUACUUGUAGAUUUUACUUGAAACAAUCGAUUUUGCUGUACUUUAAUAUUUUCUGUCUGAG